AUGAAAACUAUGGGAAAGUUACCAUCCUAUCUAGGAAGAAUGUUUGAUCAAUUAUGUAUGGACGGAGAGGUUACCGAGGAUAUUAUGAAUUUUGUCAAGGGAUUGGACCGUAACGAUGAUGUUGAUAAUGAGGAUAAUGAGGACGACGACGACGACUACAACACACCCAUACAAACGUUGAGAGAAAUUAGGGCCCUACCCACUCGACCUCUACAACAUGCAAGUUUGUUAUUGGCUCGUCAUGGUCUCACCCGGAAAAUGGCACAACUGGAUGACGGACUGUGUCCGAACUUGAUCUUGCAGAGGGCCGAGGUCUAUGAAGCGUUGGGGUACAGUGAACUCGCUUUAGCUGAUGCCUAUGUUUCUUACACUCUUUGUGAGGUCGUUCUGGAAGGUGGGCAUGUUUCGGAUCUUGAACCGGUCACAGAAUCCGGAGAGAGGUGGCCGCCUAGGAUCGACACUACUGACACAAACACCGAACAUGGGACCGACGAUGAGGGUGAAGAUGAGGAGGAGGAGGAGGACGACGACGACGACGAUGAUGAUGACGAACCGUUGACCGACGACCAGAAAGACUUAGUCUUGAAACACAAAUAUCAUAGUUUGAUAUUAUUAUCUCGAGCAGCAUUAUUGUUGGGAUGUCAAUAUCAAUCGAAAGUUUGGAUUGAUGAAUUGGUAACCAUCAAGGGUUGUUUACACGUCAGUGACGGUGAGACUGCAACAACAAACACACACGAGGAUGGCAAUGCAGAAGUCACUACCGCCGUUGAAAGCUCAAGUUCAAACUCAAGCUCAACAACGAAGCCAGAUACAAUGGUCAGUGAUUUUUGUAAUUUCUGGUCGGUUUGUCAAGGCGAAGGUGAUAGGUUUCGAAAGGCAGUCAGUGACGUACGAAGAAAUGGAGACAAGACAAAAAUGUUUGGAUCAAGCCAAAGGGUCGUGUAUCCUUGGAAUGAGAUGGAACCGGAUCGAAUGAGCAAGGAGAGUCUAGGGGAGAUUAAUGCCAGGUUGAAAGAGGUGGCUCCUGAUCUGGAAGUGGAAAUUUCAGUCCUGCCCAAUCUAUUGACGACUGAGACGAAUGAGACAAACGAGACGAACGAUGUUGGAUCUCAUAGAUCGACAACAAACACGAAUGGUAGUUCAGCAACAACAACUACAAACGGCGACUCGACAACAAAAGCAGAAGGAUCAUCACAAUUGGGUCUUUACGCUAAAAAAGAUCUCAGUCCCAACUCGACAAUACUCCAAGAAAGAUCGACCAUCACAGCCAUACGACCUCACGGGGAAGCUCUAUGUGACGCCUGCGCUGCGGAUAUGGAAACCAUACCACAUGACCAAAGACGGUAUUGUGACGGGUGUAAUCUUCCAUUCUGUUCGGACGAGUGUCAUGACCUAGCGACCCGAAACUACCACAGACAAAACGUAAACGACGAGGAAAAUGACGAAGGUUAUCCACCUGCCGAGACUCCAUUCUGUCCAGGGUCGAGUGGUAACGAGGAUAUACAUACUCUCGGAAGGGCAGAAAGCUCGACAACCCCCGAAUGGGAUUUGUAUUUCUUGUUGUUGUCCAGGACGAUGCAGACGGCAGAAACACAAGCUAAACAUCCACUGGAUCUAUUCGAGAUCAAGUAUCUCUGGGGUGAUUUUAGUCCGGCGCUUUUUGGGACGGGUGGUGAUGCGACGUCGGACAGCAAAUCAGGUCAAACUACACCCUGGACACUCCCUUACAGUGUCAGGCAUCAUGUCGAGUUGCCGCUCCAGUGGUUCGAGGUGUUGAUGCAUUCGCGCGAGGGUUGUCGUCCGUACAGCAAGCACUGGUUGGAAAGGUACGAUUGGUGGAUCGUCCAGACGUUGUUUGCAAAGUUCAGAGGGGUCGCCGAUGCGCAGCAGAGUACCUGGACCGGCAAGCCCGAGGUGGCCGCCGUGCAUCCGUUGUGGUGUUUGGCGAAUCACAGUUGCAACCCCAACGUCACGUGGAAGAGUUCGGGGGUGAGGAACUUGACAGCCGUGCAAGAACGGGCGUGGAGGGACAUGGAUGCGACAGACACGGAAACGGAGUGGAAGGGGAUCAAGGCCGGGGAGGAGAUUUGGAAUCAUUACACGGAUGUUCAAGAGAAGGAUCACAGGGAGAGACGAGCUAGGUUGCAGGGUGUAUUGGGAGGUGAUUGCAGGUGCGAGAGGUGUCUCGCCGAGGAGGCGACGGCGAGGGCGGCGUCGUGA